CUCAUUAUCAUUAAUUAACUUAUUUAGUAAAGAAAUUUAUCUAUCAUAUUCUUGUGUAUUAAUCUUAAUUUUCUACAUUUAAUUGAACUUUUAAAGUACAAAGUAAUGACUCUCUACAAUUUAGGUAAAACUUGCUUAAAAUUUGCAAGUACCUCCUCAUUUUCAACAAAGGUAAAUCCAAAAACUGCUAUUGUUAUGAUAAAUAUGGGUGGGCCAGACACAACGGACAAAGUACAUGAUUAUUUGUUAAGAAUUAUGACUGAUCGGGAUAUGAUUCAACUUCCUGUCAUGCAAGAUAAAUUAGGUGCAUGGAUUGCAAAUAGAAGAACUCCUGAAGUACAAAAAAAGUAUGAAGAAAUUGGUGGCGGCUCGCCGAUUACAAAAUGGACUAAAUUACAAGGAAAAUUACUUUGUGAAGAAUUAGAUAAAGUUUGUCCAGAAACAGCGCCUCAUAAAUCUUACAUAGCUUUUCGUUAUGUUGAUCCAUUUACAGAAACAGCCUUAGAAGAAAUUGAAAAAGAUGGAGUAGAACGCGCUAUUUUAUUUUCGCAAUAUCCUCAAUAUAGUUGUGCAACAACUGGAUCUAGUUUAAACACAAUUUAUAAAUUUUACAAAAAGCGAACGUUCCCAAAAAAUUUAAAAUUAAGCUUAAUCGAUCGUUGGCCUACAAAUCAAUUUUUGGUUAAAACUUUCGCCGAUUUAAUUCAAAAAGAACUAAAACAUUUCCCAGAAAAUAUCCGGAAUGAUGUGGUCAUUUUAUUUUCAGCACAUUCUUUACCAUUAAAGGCUGUUAGCAGAGGAGAUUCAUAUCCUUCCGAGGUUGCUGCAACAGCUUUAGCAGUUAUGCAAGAAUUAAAUUAUUCAAACCCACAUCAAGUUUGUUGGCAAUCAAAAGUUGGUCCUUUACCUUGGUUGGGACCUUUCACCGAUGAAGCUUUAAAAGAUUUUGUUAAACAAGGUGUUAAAAACUUUGUUAUGGUACCAAUUGCGUUCGUUAACGAACAUAUUGAAACGUUACACGAAAUGGAUAUUGAGUAUUGCCAUGAUUUAGCAAAAGAAAUCGGUGUUGAACAAAUCCGUAGAGUUCCAGCUCCAAAUGAUCAUCCAUUAUUUAUCAAAGCUUUAGCAGAUGUUGUUAAACCUUAUUUGAAUGGUGGGAAAAAGUUGGGUAAAAAGUUUUUGAUGAGAUGUCCUCAUUGUGUUAAUACAAAUUGUUUACAUAGUAAAAAAUGGUAUGCUAAUGUUUGUCAAUAAAUUGAUUUCUUUUUUGUGGG